AUGACGCCUAAUUUCCAUGAAGUAGCAGCCAGCGCAGUCCAAGCCAGGUCCCGCAUCAAAUCCCACAUCUACACAACCCCCCUCCUCCCAGCCCGCGUAGCAGGCCACGACAACAACGCAACCGUCCUCUUCAAAGCAGAAAACUUUCAACUAACAGGCUCCUUCAAACUCCGCGGCGCAACCUCCAAAAUCUCGGCAUCCCAAUCCCAAUACACUUCAGACAGCAGCAGCAGCACCACCACCACCACCACCACCACCACCAAAAAGCUCAUCACCGCAUCCUCAGGAAACCACGGCAUCGGCGCCGCCCACGCAGCCCACGCCCUCAACUGCGCCCUAACAGUCGUCCUCCCAGAAACAGUCUUCCCCGCCAAACUCGCCAAAAUAAAAUCCUACGGCGCCACCGUCAUCCUCCACGGCGCAGAAACAGGUCUCGCGGAGCAACAUGCCCAACAACUCGCCGCCUCCGGAGAGUAUACUUACAUCUCACCCUACAACGACCCCCUCGUCGUAGCGGGACAAGGAACAAUCGCCCUCGAAAUCCUAGAGCAGUGCGCGGCCCAAGGAAUCCCCCAGCUAGACAACAUCUUCAUAUCCAUGGGCGGCGGCGGCCUCAUCAGCGGCAUCGGCUCCGUCCUCAAAUCCUUUGCUCCCAACGUCAGAAUCUUUGGUGUGGCGGCGACGAAUUCCCAGGCUCUGGCGGAGUCUAUCCUCGCGGGAAAAGUCGUCGAGACGGAGCACCUGCCUACCCUCGCCGAAGCGGUCGCGGGCGGCAUGGACGAGGACUCGAUUACGCUGCCGCUUGCGAGGGAGGUGGUGGAUCGGGUUGUAGAGUGUAGCGAGGAGGAGAUUGCGGAUGCGAUGAGGAGGAUUGCGGUGGAGGAGAAUAUGAUUGUCGAGGGGGCGGCUGCGUUGGCGCUGGCGGGGUUUGAAAAGGUCAAGGGGGAGGUUGGGGGCCAGACGAGUGUUGUUUUGCUUUGUGGGGGAAUGUUGAUCAGGGGGUUGUGA